AUGGUCGGUUGUUUAGGCAAACUCUACGGCAGCUUAGAAAACCUAAAUGACACAUACUUGCAACCCAACCUCAACAAGGAUGUCCUUCUAAAACCUAAGAAGCUGCCAAUGCCAAUUGGUGGCCCCCAUCAACUUCUUCCUACGUUGAUUGACGGUGAAUCAAACGGUAAAAGGUUGUACACGUGUCAGUCAUGUCAACCGUCAAGCUACUCCUACUCUGGCGAGGUAUGCUACGUGGCCGACGACCCUAAGGCCAUUUGUCCAAAGUGCCAUAACUUCAUUUCCAAACACUUGACUUACGUUGCUCGGCAGGCAGUUGCAGCCGGCAGCAAGGGAGGUGGGUUUGUGAGAGAGGCUGUGACCUACAUGAUAACAGAUGAUUUGGAAGUGAAGCCUAUGUCUGUCAUUUCAAGUAUUGCUCUGCUUAAAAACUUCGAUGUUAGGGAUGUUCGUUCAAUUGAAGAGAUUGUGGUUCCUCUCGAUAAGGAUAAGUUGGUUCACUAUAGUGCAAACCUUCCUGAACCAUUAAGGCAGGAAUCAAGUGGUAAUUCCAUCUUAGAACUUUAUCUCGAUGCCGAUUAUCCAACUGAAGGCUAUGAGGCAGCAACAGAGGCGUGUUGCCACUUUUGGACUCGUGUACUUCAACGUUUUGCAAGUGCGAAGACUCAGGAAGCUUCGGAGUUGAAAGUAAUGAUGGAGAAUCUUGUUACUGUUCUGCUGACAACGUUGAAUUUACCUGAAUAUCCCGCUUCAGCUCCUAUUCUGCAGGUUCUUUGUGUCUUGUUACUCCAGAAUGCCGGGCUGAAAUCUAAAGACAUAGGUGCUCGUACCAGGGCGAUUGACCUUCUUGGCACAAUUGCUGCGAGGUUGAAGCGUGAUUCUGCCCUUGGCAGUAAGGACAAAUUUUGGAUACUACAGGAGUUGGUUAGUGUGGAUGGGGAUGAUCAGACUGAUCCAAAAAAUGAAUGCUCAGUUUGUUUAGAUGGUAGGCUUGAAAAAAAUUUCUUUGUAUGUCAAGGUUGUCAGAAAAUGUUUCAUGCUGAUUGCAUGGGAGUCACAAUGCAAUGCAAAGAUGAUGGGACAAAAGAUCGUAAUCGUUCAGGAAGAAACACUGAAGUUGCUUUUUCAAUUACAAAACUUGAGGAUGAUCCAAAAUCACAGCAGAAGUUCAUGUACUAUCUUGCUAGACUGAAAUCAAAAGAAGUAGUGCUGGAUUCUGGGACUGCAAGUUUAAUGGAGAAUUCACCUGUAAUUAGGGCCAAGGCUUUACGAGCGGUCAGUAUAAUUGUAGAAGCUGAUCCGCAGGUGCUAGGAGACAAACGCGUUCAAUCGGCUGUUGAAGGAAGGUUUUGUGAUUCCGCAAUUUCUGUCAGAGAAGCAGCACUGGAACUUGUAGGGAGGCAUAUUGCUUCUCAUCCUGAUGUUGGUUUGAAGGUUGCUGAGAGAAUGAAAGAUACUGGAGUAGGUGUUCGAAAACGAUCUAUCAAAAUCAUACGAGAUGUGUGCGUUUCAAAUGCAAACUUCUCCGAAUUUACAAAAGCUUGCAUUGCUAUCAUCUCCCGUACUGGCGACGAUGAAUCAAGUAUAAAGGAUAUUGUUUGCAAGAAAUUUUAUGAGUUCUGGUUUGAGGAACCUACUGGUUCACAAACUCAGUUCUUUGGAGAUGGUAGCUCUGUUCCAUUGGAGGUGGCUAAAAAAACUGAACAGAUUGUUGAGAUGUUGAGGAGGAUGCCAAGUCAUCAACUUCUUGUGACUGUCAUUAAAAGCAACUUAGCCCUUGAUUUUUUUCCCCAAUCAGUUAAAGCUAUUGGGAUAAACCCUGUCUCACUUGCAUCUGUACGCAAGCGCUGUGAGUUAAUGUGCAAGUUCUUACUGGAAAGGAUAUUGCAGGUAGAGGAAAUGACUAUCCAGGAAGGAGAGAGGCGGACGUUUCCAUAUAUGCUAGCUUUGCACGCAUUCUGUGUUGUGGAUCAACACUUCGUGCACCAGCUUCUGACCCUUCCCAGUUUGUGGUCACUCUUCAGCCUUAUCUAA